AUGGGACACGCAUCUGCAGAGGAGCACUUCGCCAAUUUCGAACAAGUUAGAGAAUGGCUCGAUGAAUGGUUUUGCUCAAAGGACAAACAGUUUUUUUGGGAUGGCAUUCAUAAAUUGCCUGAAAGAUGGUUGGUGGACAAGGCUCUGCGGGUUCAAGAAGAUAAACUUCAGUGGUUACAAGAGAACCAGUCUGUCCUCCGCCGAGAUUCCUUGCAGAACAUUGACGACUUCAACAAUCCCGCUCGCAGAAAUUCUCUUACGAACCAGACGAAUCCAGAGACCAGUGUACCUGUCUUGCUGCCAUCAUCUUUCAUCAGCGGACCCCGUCAUGCAUUAAAUAAUAUACACGACAUGUUAGCCAUAUCCAUGCAACUUGGUGCAGUGACAUUCUUUGUUACAUUUACAGCCAACCCUGCGUGGCCUGAGAUUGAAAAUAGCAUAAAUCCAGGAAAUAAACGCGACUUAAAGCCCGAUAUCGGCAAUCGCGUGUUCCACUCCAAGCAACAGCGCUUCAAGGAUUUGGUGACAAAAGAGGCGUUCUUCGGUCCUUGCCGAUACUACGGGUACUCUGUCGAAAUGCAGAAGCGACAAAUCCCCCAUUCUCGUUGGAUCAUCGCCGUCGAGCCACCGUACAAUUCCAGAGACCCCGAGUACAUCGAUCGGUUUAUAUCGGCCGAAAUACCGGACCCAGAGUUAUAUAACAUCAUCUGCAAGAACUACCUGCAUCUUUGCACGGAAAUAUGCUCCCCCGAUGGCGGCUUGACGUGUAAGAAAAACUUUCCGAAAGCUUUUCAAGAGCAUACUCAAGUCCAACUAAACGGGUAUCCUCUCUAUCGUCGCCGAGACAAUGGUCGUCACGUUAUUAAGACUCCGGUCGUCACGUCAUUAAGACACGCAGUCAGGUAUCAGUGCGUUUCGACAACUGUCACGUUGUCCCAUACAACCCGUACUUGGCUAAAAUGUUCGGCUGCCGUGAAUGUGGAACAUCUGUCCGGCGUUCGUGUGAUUAAAUAUAUAUUCAAUUAUAUCAAUAAAGGUCAUGACGUGGCGCACAUUGCCGAGAUUGUGAAUUCCGAGCCUGGCAACGAGAUUAGAAGGUACCGGACGUUGCGGUACGUUGGAUUAUCCGAGGUCCACUGGCAUCUCAUGGCGUACAAUAUGUAUGGCCUUUCGCACACCGUAGAGCGGCUCACGAUCCACACGAGAAACGAUCGUACGGUAUAUUUCGCUGAUGGUCAGGCAGGUCGCGCGGCCAAUAUGGCAGCCAAUCGUGAUACCCAGCUCACGGCAUUUUUUCAGCUGAACGCAAGGAAUGCAGCUGCUCGCGAAUAUUUAUACCGUGACAUCCCACAAGCCUUUGUGUGGAAUAAUAGCAGAAAAACCUGGACCGCCAGUGUUGUGACGUGGUAUCUUAUACCCGUCACAAGGAACCUCGGAGGAGGACCGGACAGUCAUUACAUAAGGGGCAAAAACCGUCUAGAGAGAGAACAAAGCACACGUAAUAUAUCGUACGAACAGAAUCUGUCGCCGCUUUAUUUUGUAUGUACCAUCGGGUAA